AUUAGUUUUGUUCAUUCUCUGUGUGAAGGACAGAGUAUCUGAGCUCUGAAUGGAGAUCAGGACGAAUAUGAAGUGAAUUAUCAUAAUGAGACUCAUGUGAGGGACAGACAGAGCACAUUUACGAAUUACACACACAGACAGAGAGACACAGACAGACGUGUGGCUGCAGAUUUACUGUAAACUCCAGCAUUCACCUGAGAGAGCGAUCAAACUGCUCAUCACAGCGUUCCUGCAGCAAUAAAACAUCUCAGAUAAACAGUCCUUGGAGAAUUACACAAGCUUAUCUUCUGUCGUGUGUGUUGAUGUUGAAUCUGGACGGUGAGGACGAGACGCACCAGUGAACACGGGGUCUGAUAGUGAGAGAUGGAGAAAAAGACCAAUGAGGAGGAAACGCAGCGCAAGGACAGCAGUGACGUCAAAGGUCCACCUAAACAGCGUCUGACCGUGUGUUUGAUCAGCGCCGCGUUCUUUGGAUCUGUAGGAUCAUCCUUCCUGUACGGAUAUAACCUGUCUGUGGUCAACGCUCCGGCCAGCUACAUAAAGACCUUCUACAAUAAGACGUGGAUCGAUCGCUAUAAUGAGCCCAUUGGGGACGGGACGGUCACCCUGCUCUGGUCGGUCACCGUGUCCAUCUUUGCCAUCGGCGGUCUGGUGGGGGCGCUGACGGUCUCCUUCCUCAUCAAAGCCUUGGGCAGCGUUUGUGCUUCAGACGUGAAUGAUUCCUCAGAUCAUGGAGAGUGUGCUGCUACUCCGGUGAUCAGACACACUGUUUUCACCUGCUGGACAAAGAAAACGGGUACAUAUAGUAUAGUAAUUACCUAGCAACCACCCACAGUACCC